GAUUGGGCGGCUAAGUCUCGCGAUGCUUGGAGCCUUGUGAGUAGCGGGUGGGUAGCCCCGUGCAUUCUCUUUUUCCUGCCCGGGACAGCGAAGGCGGCAGCACGAUGCCUGGCGUAACUGUAAAAGACGUGAAUCAGCAGGAGUUUGUGAGGGCCCUUGCAGCCUUCCUCAAAAAGUCAGGUAAACUGAAAGUACCUGAAUGGGUGGACACAGUCAAGCUGGCCAAACACAAAGAAUUGGCUCCAUAUGAUGAUAACUGGUUCUACACCAGAGCCGCCUCUACCGCCCGCCACUUAUACCUCCGAGGUGGUGCUGGAGUCGGCUCCAUGACCAAGAUCUAUGGAGGCCGCCAGCGCAACGGCGUGAUGCCUAGCCACUUCAGCCGAGGAUCUAAGAGCGUGGCUAGGAGGGUGCUUCAGGCUUUGGAAGGACUCAAGAUGGUAGAAAAAGACCAGGAUGGAGGUCGCAAACUUACUCCUCAGGGACAGAGAGAUUUGGACAGGAUUGCUGGACAGGUGGCGGCUGCGAACAAGAAACAUUAAAUUGAAUUUCAGUUUAAAAUAAAGUUCUUUAUUUACUGAUA